AUGUUACCGCUGAGCAGACUUUUCGGUAUCACGAGUGUGCAAGUUUACGUCUACUUUCACCGAAAUCCUCGCGAUAGUGACCUAAUGAGACGAACGAUAUUCUUCCUAUGGAUUGUUGACGGUCUCCAUCUCGCGUUUACCUCACAUAGCGUGUACUACUAUUCCGUAACAAAUUUCAUGAAUCCGCUUGCCUUGACACAGUGUCCAUGGAGCUUUGCAGUGGAUGUUGUCUUCGGAGACCUCAGUGAGGUGAUAGUGACUGCAAUCUUUGCAUACAGGAUAUACAAGUUCAGUGGAAAGCUUUGGGCGUUUAUAUUUAUUAUGCCACCCGCUCUUGUCGGCUUCGCUGGUGCUUUAGCCAUCGGCAUAUCUGCUCGCGAAGUCCCUGAUUAUACCGAGUUUAACCACCGAUAUGCCUGGAUUUGGUAUGCUACAUUUAGCAUUCAGGCCUUCACAGAUUGCGCCAUCGCGGCUGCGCUCUGCACGAUGCUUAUCAGGCGUCGCACGGGCUUCAAGCGCUUUACCGGCAAACUUAAAUCUUUAUCCUUGACCUCUGCAGGACCGACUCGCUCAUUCGUACGCUCAUCCUCUACAGCAUAAACACAUGCGCAUUAACAAGGUGCGUUCCCGAGCGUCUCGCAGGGGUCUCAACGAUACUGAUCCUUUGCAAAGUUCCGUGGCCAUUGCCUCUGUCAUCACAGUAAACCCCCCUCUCCAUCUAUAUACACACCGUACAGCUGACAUCAGAGCCCACAGUACGCCGCCAUGCCGCACAAUUUUGUCUUCAUCGCCUUUGCCAUGGUUCUGCCGAAA